UUCUUUUCCGCCUCGGCCUCCUGCCCUCUUCCUGGUUCUAACUCGGUCCUGUCGUCUCUAGUUUGAGCUGCGAUGCUGCCGUUUGUAGCCAACAUCAAGGUGUCGUCACGGACCCUGACUGGUGCGCUGAGCGUCCAGAAUAGAAGCGCGGCUGACUGGGGCUGGCAGGGACUCGUGGCGCAAGGCUGCCGCUCGCUGGUGCUGAUCAUUGACCCGCGAACGGCACAGACUGUGCAGGUGCUGGAGAGACACAAAGCCGACGUGGUGAAGGUGAAAUGGGCACGAGAGAACUACCACCACAACAUUGGCUCCCCGUAUUCCCUGCGCUUGGCAUCCGCUGACUGCACUGGGAAGAUCAUCGUGUGGGAUGUGAUGACUGGAACAGCUCGCUGUGAGAUCCAGGAACACAGCAAACCCAUUCAAGAUAUGGAAUGGCUCUGGAGUCAGGAUGCCACUCGAGAUCUGCUGCUGGCUGUCCAUCCUCCCAACUACGUUGUUCUUUGGAACGCAGACACCGGGACCAAACUUUGGAAGAAGAGUUACGCUGAGAACAUCCUGUCCUUCUCCUUCGAUCCCUUUGACCCGUCCAACUUGGCAUUGCUGACCAGUGAGGGCAUUGUCUUCAUCUCUGACUUCUCACCAUCCAAGGCACCAUUUAGCAGUGGGAAGAAAGUGUACAUCUCCAGCCCGUAUUCCAGUCCUGUCCACAGCAAGCCAGCUGCAGCCACUGGGGCCAAAAAGGCUUUAAAUAAAGUCAAAGUGCUGAUUACCAAUGAGAAGCCCAGUGCCGAGUCUGUGACCCUCAAUGACUGCCUGCAGUUGUCCUACAUGCCCUCUAAGAGGAACCACAUGCUGCUGCUCUACCCCCGAGAAAUCCUCAUCCUAGACCUGGAAGUGAAUCAGACCGUGGGUGUGGUGGCCAUCGAGAGGACGGGCGUACCCUUCAUAAAGGUCAUUCCUUGCCGCCAGAGGGAUGCACUCUUCUGCUUGCAUGAAAAUGGCUGCAUAACUCUGAGAGUGCGGAGAUCAACGUGCGCUCUGUCAGAAGAGUCUGAACAGAAUGUGCAGGAUCUCGCCUAUGACCUCCGCUGCCAGUGUGAUGCCAUCAGGGUGACCAAAACAGUGCGGCCUUACAGCAUGGUUUGCUGCCCAGUUGGUGAGAACUCUGCUGCCCUCUUUAUCAGUGAUGGAAGAGUCAUGCUGUGGGAGCUGAAGUCUGGCACUGCACCUCUACACGCUUCUCACAGCUCUGGAGUGUCACCCCUGUUUUCUCCAGCUUCAUUCUGUGGGACACCAUUGGGUCUGCAGCAGAAGAGAAUCCUUGACCUGUCACUGGACAACAUGAUAGGUGAUGAGCCCCUGAAGUCGCCACUACAACAGGAGGUUCACCUGAAGUUCCUCCUCACUGGGCUACUGUCUGGACUUCCACUGCCUCCAUUUGUCAUCCGCAUGUGCCCUCCGCUGACCACCAAGAAUAUGAACCACUACAGGUCACUGCUGGCAGUCGGCACCAGUAAUGGAUCUGUUCUGAUUUACAUCCUCACCAGCGGCAUGCUGUUUAAGGAGCUCAGUGUCCAUUCCUGCGAAGUCAAAGGUAUUGAGUGGGCAACCUUGACGAGUUUUGUUUCAUUUGCCACGUCUUCACCUAACAACUUGGGCCUAGUCAGGAAUGAGCUACAGCUGGUUGACUUGCCAACAGGCAGAAGCACAGCCUUCCGGGGAGAGCGAGGCAACGAUGAGCCGCCGAUUGAAAUGAUUAAAAUCUCCCAUUUGAAGCAGUACCUGGCUGUCGCAUUCAAAGACAAACCACUGGAGCUGUGGGAUGUCAGGACGGGCACCCUGCUGCGAGAGAUGGUGAAAAACUUCCCUUCUGUGACCGCGCUGGAGUGGUCACCGACACACAACUUGAAGAGCCUGAGGAAAAAGCAGCUGGCAGCGCGGGAGGCCAUCGCCAGGCAGACGGUCUCGGAAACGGAAAUUGGCACCAUUGAGUCGUCCAUCAUCAGUCUUCUGCAGGAAGCUCAAAGCAAGUCAGAGCUGAGCCAGAACAUCUCUGCCCGCGAGCACUUCGUCUUCACCGACACAGACGGGCAGGUGUAUCACUUCACGGUGGAGGGCACCUCAGUGAAGGAUGGUGCCAGGAUUCCUCCUGAUGGCAGCAUGGGCAGCAUCACCUGCAUUGCCUGGAAGGGAGACGUCCUCGUUCUUGGAGAUGUGGACGGAAAUCUGAAUUUCUGGGACUUGAAAGGAAGACUCACAAGGGGGAUUCCUACGCACCGCGGCCCAAUUAAGAGAACGCGCUUUGCCCCCGGAAAAGGCAACCAGAAGAUGCUGGUCAUGUACAGUGAUGGGGCAGACAUUUGGGACUCAAAGGAGGUGCAGAUGGUCAGCAGCUUACGAAGUGGCCGAAAUGUGCAUUACCGCCUUCUGGACGCCGAUUGGUGCACAUCCGAUAAGCUGGCCUUGGCGUGUGACGACGGUUGCAUUCGAGUCCUCGAUAUAAGUUUGAAGUCAGCCGGCUUCAGGAUUGAUGAGCAGGAUCUCCCAGAUGCCUUCUGGUGCCCAUACCUGCUGCUGCCACGGGUCGCGUUGGCUCUCAAGUCAUUCCUGCUGCAUCAGCCGUGGGGAGAGUCGUACACGCUGGAUGUUGGCCAUAUUGAUUAUGCGGAGACUAACCUGGUGAAGAGUGCCAUGCAGCAGCAAAUCAAUUCGCUCAGCAACGAUGUGAAGAACACACUGCUGGACCCCGAGUUCAGCCUUGUCCAGAGGUGCCUACUGGUGUCCAGGCUCUUUGGGGACGAGUCGGAGUUGCACUUCUGGAUGGUGGCGGCUCACUACCUGCACGCCUUUGCCCAGGGGUCAGCGAGCACCACUAGCGGGCACCUGGACUUGUGCUACGACAUGCUGUGCGAGAGCUCAGCCUUCCAGAAGUUCCAGCUGCAGAGGGCCCACCUUCAGGAGGUCAAGAGGUCAAGCUAUGACCACACCAAGAAGUGUGCCGACCAGCUUCUCCUGCUGGGACAGACUGACCGCGCUGUCCAGCUGCUGCUCGAGACGAGUGCCGACAACGAGCACUACUACUGCGACUCGCUCAAGGCCUGCCUGGUCACCACCAUCACCUCCUCGGGACCCUCGCAGAGCACCAUAAAGCUGGUGGCCACCAACAUGAUCGCCAACGGGAAGCUGGCAGAGGGGGUCCAGCUGCUGUGCCUUAUUGACAAGGCGGCCGACGCCUGCCGCUACCUCCAGACGUACGCCAAGUGGACGCGCGCCGCCUGGCUGGCAAAGGUCCGCCUGGACUUCGCAGAGUGCUCGGAAGUUCUGAAGCGGUGGGUUGACCAUCUGUGCUCGCCGCAGGUCAACCAGAAGUCGAAAGCCAUCCUGGUGUUGCUGUCCCUGGGGAGCUUCGGCCGAGUGGUCGAGAUGCUACACAGCAUGCGGUACUUUGACAGAGCGGCGCUGUUCCUCGAGGCCUGUCUCAAGUACGGCGUUCUCAAGCCUGAUGAUGGCACUCAGCAGCUGAUGAGCGCCGUGUUUGCCGACUAUGCCAGGAUGCUGAAGACACUGGGCCUCAUGCAGGGCGCCAUCCUGUUUGCCUCUCGAGCUGGAGAGGCGGCAUCUGAAUUGUUAAACGACUUGAUGGCCGUCACCAAGGACUCUCCAUCGGCUUCUAUGGGUGCCCUCCAGACUCCCAGACUGGCAGAGGCGCCAUGAUACCUGAAUGUGAAGUGAUAGGUUUGCCAGCGCCCCCUCGCUGCACCCUCCUCGUUGCCCUCCUCCCCACAGUGUUAUGGUACUACACAGGGUGCCGGUGAGUCCACUGCCCGUUGGUGUGUGAGCCCGGAGUGAAGCAGAUACCCAGACGGGCACCUGCAAGACGCUAUAUCAAGGAAGGGCUGGGUCAGUGGGGUUGCGGUCACCACACCGUUCUGGAAGUCCCCACAAUGUCGCUGGACGACGCGCACCCACUUGGCCACAUGUGGAAGGGAGAAGAGAAAAUAAAGUGCUGAUUGGUCCUGA